AUGGCGCGGCAACAACAGCAGGGCCAUUGGCUAGACAAGUAUGCAAAUAACCAUGCUGCUUGGAAGGUAUCAAUUGCCCCCGAUGGAAAUCAGGCGUUCCAGCGUCCCCUGGGACUAGUGGAAACCUCUUUUGACGCUGAUGGCACAUACUAUGGCGGUCGGGCAGAUAUGACUAGUUUCUUUACCUUGGCCAUUCAGCACAAACUCUCAAAAGACGAACUCCGGCAUAGAAUAGCCUUGGCAUGGACUUCUCUUCGCCUGCAGCACCCUCUUCUUCUGGCACGUGUUCAUGACGACCCGGAUACAGGAAUCCGUGGCUUCGCAGUGGAUAUCCCCUCUACACAGAACGCCGCUAUCCAAGCUGUUAAGGACAACGUCGUUUGGAUCGAAGAUUCAUAUGACGAAGUCAAUGACGAAGAAAUCUACCGCCACGCCUUCAAUGUGACCAGAAUUAUUGAGCCCAAGAAAUGUCUGUCGAAAAUACACGUUCUACCUAUUACACGCCUUCCUGACGGGACAUUCUCCCUCAGCCUCCUCAUUGUAAUUGCGCAUCAAAUAUCCGAUGGCUUGUCGGCGUACAACUGGUUCAGUCACUUCAAUCGCAUUAUGAACCAGCCAAUUCAUGAAAUCUUAGCGGAUAUCGAGGCAUUCCGAAGAGCAGACAAAAUAAAGGCCAUUCUACCAGCAGCCCAAGAAGACUUGUAUCCACCCAUUGUCGGGAACAGAGCAAGGCAACGCUGGUUCUGGGCUUUGAUCCGCGUGUUACGUCAUGUACACAAAGGCUUACCACCGACAUUUACAAACCCGCUUCGUCGCGAACAGAGACUGGAAGUGCCAGUACCAUUGGAGCCAAAAUUUGACAAAAUCUUUAAUUACAGUGCUUCAUCACGACCACCAAUGUCAUGCGGACACAUCACUGCUGCGCUCUCCGCCUCCGCAUCCUCCCGCCUCAUAUCGCUCUGCCGUUCUGCACAAGUCUCCAUAGGCGCCGGUUGCUUUGCUCUCGCAGGUCUAGCCAUGAUGUCGAUCCAUGAAGCACUGAAUCCUUCAUCCCAACACCCCCCCUUCACAGCAUCCUUCCCGCUAAACCCUCGCGCCUGGUUCGUCAACCCCCCACCCCCAGAAUCAUGCAUGCUCGCUUUCAGCGAAGGCAUCGUCAUGCCCUUCCUGUCCUCAGAACUUCCCAUCGAAGGCAGAUUCAAACUAGUAGCCAAGCACGCGAACCGCGAACUAAAGGGCUACCAGAAGCGGCUCAAAGGCAAAGGUACUGCCGGCACGGCGGGUAUACUAGACAAGCACUCUCCAGCCCGUCUUCUCGCAACGGGAUACGUUGCGCAAAUCGAGAUUAUCCAAGGUAAAUUGCCGCCUGAACGACGCUCCUCGUCUUACAGCAGCCCGCAAGGCUCGCUUCCACCCAGUACAGCGGGAUUCAGAGCAACGUGCGGUGUUUCCUCUGUAGGAUCUCUCGCGACAUUUUUCAAACGGGGUACUUAUGAUCUUCAAGAUCUGGGGGAUAGGGAUUUUGCAGCAGAUUUUCGAGAUGUAAAUAUAGGUGUUAGGGCAAGGGAGAAUGAGUUUUUGGUGGGAAGUUUGACCAAUGCGGAGGGCAUUGUGAAUUUUGGAGUGAGUUACGAUUUGAAUGCUAUUAGUGAGGAGAGGGCGGAGCUGUGGAAGACGACGAUUGAGAAUUUGUUGGAGGUCGGAGCGCAGGCGAGGCUGUAA